AUGGAUUAUACUAGAAUGUCCGGCAACACUUCUCAAUCACAACUUACAACCUUGCCACCUACACCACCUACGCCACUAGAUCUAGAGAAGAUGUUCAACACUAUGAUGAAGGAACCAGAUGCCGACGAAUUCUCACGAUUUGAUACCCAUUACGACAACAUAUUCAUGGGCGCGCUCACCAAAUUGCUCGAGGGCGAGGUGCUCUAUCCCCAACGCACCGACUUCGAGAAAGUGUAUAAUGAGCUGGCCCUGGACUCUUGGCCCGCAUCGGUUUUUGCUGGCCGGGACAAGAUACGCAUGUUUCAGCGUUGGGCCGGCAGGAAAUUCUCAAGCGUGCUUCGGCGGAUGUGGAGGACGGGGGCUGAACGAGAUGCUAGGUUCGACAAAGACGGCUUCACUAAGGCAUGCAAGCGCGUUGGCGUUGGCGGCGAUUUCACCGUCUUCCGGAAUUGGCUCACCAAGAUUGCUCACUAUGUUCCCCCUGAUCAGCGUUCCGGCGAGUGGGAUGUGGUCAGCGACGUUUUUGGUAUCGAACCUAAGCCACUGCUUGGACAUGAUGAUCACUACGAGUACCGUCUCUUCCUUAUGGAGCCUAUUCCUGAUAAUAACGAUGUCGACAAUGAAGACGCUCUCUUUGAAGCGACUUUCCAGGAUGACAUAUCUUCUCCGACUAAAUGGGUGCUCUCAACCUCGCCAAAGAUCUCGGAACUUGACUCGGACCCUGAUGAUGUGGAGCCCUCAUCCAGCGCUUCGAUUGUAUAUCAUCUGCCGCGGGCCUUCUUUGUCCUGCGGGAGAUCGGGAGCGUGCCCCUACUCUUCUGCGGUAUGCAGAUUGGGUUCCUUGAGCGACGCCCAUUACCCCAUCCUAUCGAUAGGAGUUCCAUCAAUUCAGACAUGUCCAACAAAUCCACCGAAGUUGACAGCAACGACGAGACCGAUGAAGACACUAGGCACUACACCCAAUACCCUGCCUCUACCUGGUCGACUACCGGCCUCCCCAUUGCUCUGAAAAUGAACCCCGACACCACCUUCUCUGCCGGCAUCUAUGUGCCCGUCUCCGUUCUUAUGGGAAAUCAGGAUGUGAAGCCGCAAAGGAGAGCUGGAGAGAUUUGUCGCUAG